AGCUGGAGAGGAUGGACACACUGCGCAGGAGCCUUUCUCGAUGGAAGAGGUACCACAUUAAGGUGCACCUGGCGGAUGAGGACCUGAUGAUGCCCCUGACGGUCAGGCCCAGGGACACGGUGAUGGACCUACGGGCUCUCUUGGUACGGGAGGGCAUCACUUCGUGGAAGAAGACAUUUUAUUACAACUCCAGGCAGCUCGAGGAGCACGAGACUCUCAAAGAAGCCAAUAUUCAGAAUGGUUCUGUCCUUCUCCUUGUCAGCAAUAAAAGAUAAUGCCAAAGAGCACAGCCAAAGCCAUGAGAGACGGGGAGUGUGAGAAGGGCUGAAGGAAAGCAGAUGGAAGAGAGCUUGCCCAAGGAAAGGCAGUCUGGCCACCAGUGUUGUUGCUGCCUUUCUUCAGAGCAGGAAGAGCUGGUUUGAUGCAUCUUAUCACAUGGGAAAAAGUAGGAAAAACCCCACAAACCACCUAGAAAGAGCCACAGGACCAGCAUAAAAAGAGGUGUGGACAAGACCAAGGACCAGCACUGGAAGGUGUGUUAGGUCUUGAGUGUAUUGCAAGAUGGAAAAGUUUGCAACUUCACAGUGCUGCUCUGUGGAUGGGACUGCUGGUUUUUGGGACUAUGUAUCUUC